CCGACCGACUUCAAGCAGAAAACAGCAACAGUUGACUUGAACUGAGACCAAAGGCCGGGUUCCCUUUGUCUAACGCCUAAUCUAAUUGUGCAUUACUCUACUACAGUACCUUGCCUACUCUUCUCUUCAGCUCUCCUUGUUUUAUGAAGUCAUCAUCACGCAUUUACUUCUAUUUUUUUGUCACUCAGAUCGGUUGCGCCAUCGCUGUCCUUCGUUGACAGAGUCGAUAACCCCUUCUUGGCACAGCAACAGCAACAGCCACAGCAACAACAACGCAACACCGCCGCUUUCCCUUUUUGCUUGCUCUCAAUCGAUCGCUCUAUCGCGCCUUGUUCUACGUAUGCUAGCGUCACCUACUCCUUCCUACCGUUGUUUAGCGUCAUUAUUCCCUCCCUAUCUUCAACUGCACCCACGGACAGUGCAUAGGUAGGCUUGGUAGACAGACAGACGCACUCGCGCAUACCUAGGCUUACCUGCAUCUUGCCUUGCCUUGCCAACUUUCCGCUUCCCGCUUGAUUCUCCCGUCCCGACUUGUCGACAUAAUUUGCAUCUCAGCGAUCGAUACCUUGAAUCCGGACUCAUUUACGGACAGCAAUAAUCUCUUCCCAUAUUAGCCAACCCACUACCUACCUAAGGUACCUAGGUAGCUAUUUAUCGCAUUGUAGCACGGAGCAAACAACGUAGACAGGCAACUCAAUACAAGGCCAAGCCAGCCAAUACAAAGCAGGGCCGCAGGCGCAAUCGCUUGCCGUCCACUUACCUGGUCUGAUCUGCGAUCACUCAGCAGCCGCUGGCAGGUCUAAGCUGACCGCUGUCACACCCAAGAUUCGGUCCUUCCCUGCUGUCGGUACAAUACACCACCACCAAUCGCGUCAUAUCAAGUCGGAUGCUGCCUUAUAUGACCUCUCUAAGCCCGUGCCGCCCCCAACGCUUCUGCUUACCUCCGCCUCUUGAUUGACACUAGAAGUCGACCGCCUACACAACGGCAAUAUCUGCACAACAACAGCGCGCCCCCCGAGGCAUUUACCUCUAUAACUUAUCGCCAUAAUCGGCACUUCUGGCAAGAUGGUGUCAGACGAGACGUACGAAAUAUGCCUGCCUAUACUAGAAGAUGAAUCGUUGGAUGACGAGGACAAGACGGACAAGCUCGAGGAGCUCUUGCGCAAGGAGACGUCCCUGACUGGCAACAGUCUCGAAAACGCUGUUCUCGAUGCUCUUUGGCGAUAUCGUGAUGGAGGGAAUAUAGCAGCAUCACCACCUCCAAUUAGACAGACGAUCCUUCGGAGGCCAUCACCAGCAUCAUGGCGUGCAAAUUCGGGAACCCCUCUCUCGGGCUCACCCCGCCUCGGAGUUAGUCCGCUGGCGCCGCCAGGCUUCGUCCCGACCCCUUUUGGGCGCAACGUCGUGUCUUCGACGGCGUCUCCUUUCGGUUCCCCCCGCCCUUCACCCCGACUGGCUUUCGCUGCCCCUAUCAUCCCGAACAGCCCGAACCUGAACGCAUACGAGUUCGCUACCGAUGCACCUUCUCAAGAGACGUUUGGAGACAUGCAAAACGACAAUGUCGACUGGCUUACAAACGACGAUGCGGUGAGUGUCACCUCGUCGAUUGGGACGGGAAGCGCUCUCAAUGCCGCUGCGCCGGAGUAUGCUCCCUCGCAGCAGGUGGAUAUGACACCGUACGAUAUGCUCCGUUCGAUUCUCGGUCCGUCGAGAUCCGACGAAGAGAUAGAUGCUGCACUUGCCAUGCACGGCUAUGAUCUCGGCGCCAUCAUUUCUGCUUUUAUGGAUACCGUGGACUCAAGCGCGAUGCAGGCCGUUCAUACAGAGGAAAACAAAACCAAUGGACUCCUCAUCGGCAAAUCGAUGACUCCGGAUGCGCGGCCCUCCACCCCGGCUGACCAGAGGUCAGGUAUCAUUUGCAAAUUCUUCUUGGCUCAAGGGCAGUGUUUGAGAGCCGAUUGCAGGUUUUCGCAUGACCUGAGCAACCAUGUCUGCAAAUAUUGGGUUGCUGGGAACUGUUUGGCGGGUACCACAUGUAUAUUCUCACAUGACCCCGUCCAUUUGUUGAACAAGCUCUCAAUCGACGGAACCAAUACUCCCCCGCCCUCGCAUAAGGGUGGACUCAGUAUCCAAGUCCAGGACAUGAACUCUUUUCCCUCACUACGACCGGUAACCCCUGAGCACUUGGGCAGUCUUGCCUCAGGUAGCUACUUCCCAUCCAUGGGGGUAACUCCACCUCCCGGCUUCAAAAUUCCAGGCCUUGCCGGGGAGAAUCUUCGGCCUCGCUCUCGUCCAAGCAGUCGUCAGCAGCAACGCAAGGAACCAGUGCAGACUGCACCAUCUCUGGACGAUGCUGAGGCCUUCCCAUCUCUCGGAGCCGCGUCUGCCAAAGCAACCAACAAAAAGCAGCAUGGCAAACGGAGCAGUCAGGGGCAUCAAAAAGAGGGCUUGAUUUCCAGUUCCUUGGCAGAUAUCGUCAAGAUGUCGCCUUCGCCCGCGCCCGAAGCGAAGCUGGUCUCUAGGAAGAUGGGUCGCACUGUGAGCUCAACGAGCAUACGGAACGGCGAGAACAGCGCUGCGGCGCAGUCUAUCCCCAGUCCCAAGCAUAUUCCGUGGUUAGAGACGGGUGAGAAGGCGAACAAGGCAUACCUCAAGGCCCGCCAAGAUGCUAUCAAGCAUGGCGGGCUGAGGAACAAGUUCUUGCAGAGUGCCGCUCAAGCUUGGAACCGGAACGACGCCCGCGCGGCCAAGGCUCUCAGUCUCCGUGGUCAGAGUGAGAACGAUCUUAUGAGGAGGGCUCAUCGUGAGGCGGCACGCGAACUAUACGAGGAGCGCAACAAGAACAACAACAGCGCCGGGUCUGAAUUUUAUGUCGACUUGCAUGGGCUCCAUCCUGAAGAGGCGGUCGAAUAUCUCGAGAAGGUGCUGCUCGAGAACGAGAAAGAAAGCAGGCCGAUAUAUGCUAUCACGGGCACCGGCCACCACAGCAAGAACGGCAAGGACAAAGUCGGCAAGGCGAUCCGCGGAUUCUUGAAUGAGUGGCGGUAUGCGUUCCGUGAAUUCUCGGUCCCUGGAGACCAGCGGAACAUGGGUGGGAUCUUGGGCAUCGACGCGAGAAGCUAUGACAAGAGUCUGGCUAGGAAGUCGCAGCAGGAGCCAGUCGACAUACUUGCACAAGGGAAAGAGAUCGGUGAAGGCAAGGUCAAGCUUUUGGUCAGGGAUACAACCAAGGAGCCACCCAAGGGGCCUGCUGGAUAUCGUGGACGAUGAUUUUCCCGACACGUAUGGAUAUGAGCACGCCGCUUGUUGAUACAGUGCUGCGGAAAGUAUAGUAGAUUUUUACUUAACAGACAAGGUCGGCUUAUACAUAGCUCACGCUAAUUCGGCCUCGCUGGCCCAGAAAACAGAAGAAAAGACAAAGAACACUAUCAUAACUCACG